AUGUGCACAAGAGCAGCGCCAUAUUUAGCAACACGCUGUCUAACAAAAUUGGAGGAUGAAUAUCAAGGAAAUUAUUUAUAUGGCGCCACAUCUUUAAAAAAGGAUUUUUAUGUUGACGACGGUCUCAUAGGAGCUGAGACCAUCAACGAAGCGUUACUAAUUCAACAACAAUUAAUAACAAUUCUAGACAAGGCUGGAAUGAAACUAAAAAAAUGGUGUGCAAACAACUCAAAACUUUUACAUGGAAUCGCUCCAAAAGAUCAAGAAGUAAAUGUCAAUUUUGAUUCCAAGGAAACCCAAUUCACAAAGACGUUGGGUGUUUUAUGGUUACCAAAGUCGGAUUCAUUUCGUAUCAAGGUUAACAUUUUAGAGCAUAGUCACACAACAAAACGAUCUAUGAGCUCCGAUUUGGCACACAUAUAUGACCCCUUGGGUCUUAUUGGUCCACUCUUGGUCAUCGGCAAAAUUUUGUUGCAAGGAACAUGGCAGCUAAAACUCGAUUGGGAUGAUGAUCUUCCGUCAGAAAUACGCAAACAAUGGACAUCGUAUAGAGAAGAUCUGGCCUUGUUGGACAAUGCAACAGUUGUGAGGCACGUAUUCAGCAGUCAAGGCUACAGCCAUGUUGAGCUGCAUGCUUUUUGUGACGCCUCAGAAAGGGCUUAUGGUGCAGCAGUAUACAUUAGAACAGUACAAAAGGAUAAAACGAUAAAACUUAAUCUACUAUGCUCCAGAUCUCGUAUAGCACCCAUAAAAUCUCAAACAAUUCCACGACUAGAAUUGUGUGCAGCGUUGCUAGCAGCAGAACUCAUGGGAAGAGUUAAACUUGAUUUAGGCUAUCAAGACAAAGCAGCUUACUUUUGGACAGAUUCACAAAUUGUGCUUUCCUGGAUAAACAAUCAUCCAGGCAAAUUACUUGUUUACGUCGCCCACCGAAUUGUAAAAAUCCUUCGGUUAACAAUUCCAGAACAAUGGCGUCACGUCCCGUCAAAACAAAAUCCGGCAGAUAUCCUGUCAAGAGGGCUUAAACCGCGGGAAUUUUCAUCUUCCUUCAUGUGGUUAUAUGGUCCACUAUUUUUAUAUCAGCCAAAGCCGUUGUGGUCAGCUCCCUUCAAAAGGGAAUUAAUUGUUGAAGAUAACACGGUGGUGUUCGCUUUAUCAACACAACAACCUACUAAUGAGCAUGCAUGGGUCUACUUAAUUCAUUCAAGAAAUUUAUUUACACAUGUCCAAAAAGUUGUUGGAUAUGUACUUCGUUUCACAAAAAACGCACGGAAACCAAAAGAAUCAAAACCAGAGACCAUGCAGCUUUCACCGAUGGAGCUCGACGUAGCACUUAAGGUAAUAAUACGUCAAAUCCAGGCCUCCGAUUUUUCUGAUCUGAGGAAAAUGCUAGUUAAGGACGAAUUUGUGCCAAAAACUCAUAACCUCAGUUCUCUAACUCCGUUCGUAGAUGAAGAAGGGGUAAUACGUGUUGGCGGACGGCUAAGCUCUUCUGCAAUUUAA